AUGGGCUUCUUUCGCAGGACACUGAACGACGGUCACUUCGAAGGGGAGGAGGUUCAAAGCGAAGGUAUAAUUGAAGAGGUCGCCCCAUUCCUCUGGAACGAAGCAGCCAGGAGAAAGCUGGAGAAAGGAAUGCCACACAAAGUCAGAUCUGCCUCGCUGCCAAUUCUUCUCACCAUCAUAGUAGCGCUGAUGGCUUCCGGCAUCACCUUCUGGAUCACAGCAGAAUGGUAUCAUGGGGCUUGUAAUAGCACAAACGACCUAUGGUCGCCAGCGGAAGAGCAAUUAGAGUAUUUCGACCUCGACAUCGACAAUGACUUCGCUGCUGAGAGCCGAUACCGUGGACCGCCGACCCCAGAGCUGGAUGCUGCGUGGGAAGAGCUCUGGCACUUUGGCUACGUCGCCAUUCCCCGCGACAAGCUGUCAGCGCUGAAUAGACAAGAGCAACUCCCUGAUGGCCGUACUGUGGCAAGAAUCAACGGAAGUACUAACCACUUCCAAGCGUCAUUGGAGGUCUUCCAUCAACUCCAUUGCCUGGAUGUAGUCCGCCAGCACAGCUGGGUUGCGUACUAUGCCCGACACACCGACACGGUGCGCACGCCGGCAGACCUCAAAGUCUCGCCGGUUGGGCUCCGCAUGCAUGUCGACCACUGUAUCGAGACACUGCGCAAGACCAUCAUGUGCCAGAGCGAUGUGACGCCGCUGCUCAUCAUCAACGACCCCGCCAAGCCAGAUGGGUGUCCAGACUUCAGCGCCUUCCACCGCUGUCGCAAAUUCCACAAAGUGUGGGCGUGGAUGAAAAGAAACCAACGAGACGUGCCGAGGAGGAUGGAUCACACAGGUUCAAAGGUCCAUAGUGUUGGUGAGAGCGGAUGA